AGCCUAGUCUAACUAUCAAAAACAAGAAAGUUGGUGAAGAUGUAAUUGAAUGAUAGGGCCAUGUUCCAGCCUCAGUAAGCAGCAGAACUUGGCAGCUCUGGCCACAUGGUUCUAAAGUUAAGGAUAGAAGAGGCUAUGGAAUGUGGCCCCACGACUAAGGAAAGCCACUGAGGCCAGGCAUAUGUCAGGGGUGUCCCUGAAUGAAGGCCUAGAGAGGCCAUUGUGUGAAGCUGUGAAGUUGAAGCUUGGAUUGCCUUGGAGAUCCCAAGAUGUAAGAGAUGCCAGAGCCUUAGGAUACCUGCCAAGGAGAGCUGCUAAGAGGGAGUGGAACAGGUCCAAGAGAAAAAAGUGUGUUGCAGUCAACAAAGCUGAAAGGAGUUGGAGAUCUGAAGAGUGCUUUGACAUCAAACACAGAGAUGCAGAGUUUGGAGUUUGCUCAGCUGGUUUUCUGUCUUGCUUUGGUCCAGUAUUUCCUCACUAUACUCCCUUCCCUAUGUUUUGGAAUGGUAAUGUAUAUCCUGUGCCAUUAUAUGUUGUAAGUAUGUGAUCUGUUUUUUAUUUUGAUUUUACAGGGGAUUACAGUUAAGAAAUUGCAUGAAUCUCAGAGACUUUGAAUUUUAGACUUUUAAGUAAGUUUGAGACUGUUACAGACUAUAGGGACAUUUGAAAUUAGACGGAAUGCAUUUUUGCAUUAUGAUAUGGCUACAAGCCUUUGGGGGCCAGGGAGUGGAAUGUGGUAGCUUGAAAGAAAAUGGACCCCAAAGGAAUAGCACUAUUAGGAGGUGUGGCCUUGUCGGGAUAGGUAUGGUCUUGUUGGAGAAGUGUGUCACUGUGGAGGUCUCCUAUAUGAUCAAGCCAUGCUCAGUGAGACAGUCUAUUUCUGGUUGCCUGCAUAUCGACAUGUAGCAGCUACCUUUCCAGCACCAUGUCUGCCUGCAUGUUGCCAUGUCCCACCACGAUGAUAAUGGACUGAACCUCUGAACUGUAAUCCACCCCAAUUAAAUGUUUUCUUUGUAAGAGUUGCCAUGGUGGUCCAACUUGGGCCCGGCAGAAUGGCUCCCGCAAAGAAGGGUGGCGAGAAGAAGAAGGGCCGUUCUGCCAUCAGCGAGGUGGUGAUCCGAGAACACACCAUCAACAUUCACAAGCGCAUCCAUGGAGUGGGCCUCAAGAAGUGUGCUCCUAGGGCACUCAAAGAAAUCCGGAAAUUUGCCAUGAAGGAGAUGGGUACUCCAGAUGUGCGCAUUGAUACUAGGCUCAAUAAAGCCGUCUGGGCCAAAGGAAUAAGGAAUGUUCCAUACUGUAUCUGUGUACGUUUGUCCAGAAAACGUAAAGAGGAUGAGGACUCACCAAACAAGCUCUACACAUUGGUAACUUACAUACCUGUUACCACAUUCAAAAAUCUACAGACAGUCAAUGUGGAUGAGAACUAAGCUGCAGAGUGUCAAAUAAAGUUGGAGAACUACCAAAA